AUGAUACGAUCAUUUAAUGUAAUAUAUAAGAAUGCUUGCCAACGCCCUGCCCCGUCCAAUUUCACUCAAACUUUGUCAAUUAUUGGUAAAUACCCAUAUCGCAGAAUUGAAGCAGCAUGACAGCUAAUUUUCUCCACAACGUGUCCGCCUACACGUCCUGUCUUGGCCAUGGUGGAUUUGGUAUCGUCCUAAAAUCCAUAGACUACUACAGCACUGAAUCCGCAAUAAAAUUCUUAUUCCCUACUAAUGCCGAUGCCAACGAGCAAAAACAAAUCUUGCGCGAGACAACGUUAACAUCCCAACUGGCCAAGCAUCCCUGCCUGGUGAACACUCUCCAAGUUCAAGAACAGCUGUUCAGUUUUACGGACUUGGAAGAAAUCUUCUCAGAUUCAAUCCUCAAAUCGGACUAUGAGCUGCAAUUUAUCGACAUGUACUUGAUGAAGGCACGCAGGUCGAAAGAAGGCCUGCCCACUAUUUGCAUUCAGAUGGAGCUGUGCGGUGAAACGCUACGCUCCUGGCUCCAUGAAGGGAAGGACAUUAAAAACCUCGAAGUUCAAAAAAUUCAGAAAACUAUAAUUUUAAAUCUUGUCGAAGGCCUGAAAUUUCUACACGAUCAUAAAAUCAUACAUCGCGAUUUAAAACCGGAAAAUAUCAUGUUUUCGAAAUCUGGUUUUUCACUACCGGUAAAAAUCGGUGAUUUCGGUCUUUGUCGAAUCAUCCAUAACGAGGAUUCAGUGACUGGGCGACUGACUAAAUCUGGCGUUGGUACGAAGGCAUACAUGGCGCCGGAAAUUCGAACAGGGGAGUACACUCAGCAAGCGGAUUUUUUCUCGUUGGGCCUAAUAAUUUGGGAGGUUGCACAAUUCGUGACGUUUGAAAUGUUUGAUCAAUUGGUUAUCGAUGAGGAUCGAUACGUGGUGCAUGAGCAUCCCAUGUUGGCCGGGUUGCCGGAAGUUGUGACAAAAUUGACGAAACGGUCGGUUAAAGAGCGAUUUCAAACGUGGCAUGAAGUCGUGAAUGUGGCGAAAGGGUGGAUGGAGCUUGACGGAACUGCUGCGAACUGCAUGACGGUGAGAAAUUCGGUCGAGCUGAGAUCCUGUUUGGGCAUUGUGCGUCCCGGUGCGGUUAUAAAAUUGAGGGAUGGUGUGUACAUUGGACCAUUCACACUUGAGAGGAGCAACGUCACGAUAUUAGGACGUGGCCCCAAUACCGUAAUCAAGAAUAAAGAAGGACACAACGGCACCCUGUUCGAAAUAAUCGCUAGCGAGUGCACCCUCCGCAACGUCAAAUUCGAAUUAACAUACCCGUCUUCCGGAGUAGAAAUUAGAGGAUCGAAAAACAAGUUGUCAAAGAUUGAAUUCGUUUCUGGCUGUUGCAGCAUUGACUUAAGAGGGGAUGAAAAUGAAGUGACGGACAUUAUCACGUCAGGUUCAUCGCAAGGAAUUAGGAUCGACUUUGGGAAUCGGAAUAUUAUUCAGAGAUGCAAAAUGGAAAAUGUGGGAUCUUUAGGGAUCUACAUUUCGACAAACUGUGACCAUAAUGUGGUAAAGAAUAUCACCGGGAGAAACGUAACAUGUGGGAUUCUCGUUGAUGGCUCUUACAAUGCCGUGACAGAUGUCCAUUUCAUAAAAGAUGCAGGAAUAAAAAAAGAUAUUAGCGGGAUUGAUCUGAAGGCUAACGGAUCGAAUAAUACCGUGGAGAAUUUUGAGACCACUGGGUUCUCCAAAUUUGAUCAAGGACUAGAUAUUCGGGGAGAAAAUGCCAUUGUGAAGGACGUUAUUUGUGAAGGGGUCUACAUGGAUAGGAAAGGGAGUAGUGCAAAACUUACUCGAGUUGAUGGCGGAGAGCAAGGGAUACGUCGGAACAACUAAUAUUCUGACAUUUUGAGUUAAGCAUGAUUCAUUGAUUACGUAUUAGGUACAUCAUUUGUGUUAUUAAUGUCUUUAAAAAUUAGAUUAAAGAAAUAUUACAAAAACGACAGUAGUGUAUUAAUAAUAUUGUAAAGUAUUAAAAUAUGAGGCGUACACAUUAAAUGAGAAGAUUGGGUGUUAUCAUUUCAA